GCUGGCUGGCUGCAUCAGCAACCAUAACGAAGGAAACGGGGAACCGGUUAAAUACAACCGAGAAUAAAAGCCAAACCGGUGAUUAAUAACACUCCAACGGCAAAAAUCUCAAUUUCUUGGCAACUGCUGUUCCGCUAUAACGUUUCGAGAGAAAAAUGGGUCGGAUCUUCUUGGAUCACAUUGGUGGCACUCGUCUCUUCUCUUGUGCCAACUGUGACACCAUCCUGACCAACAGAGCUGAACUCAUCUCUACACGCUUCACCGGAGCCACUGGCCGAGCUUUCCUGUUCAACAAGGUUGUGAAUCUGCAGCACAGCGAGGUGCAGGACAGAGUCAUGCUGACGGGGAGACACAUGGUGCGGGACGUCAGCUGCAAGAACUGCAACAGUAAGCUGGGCUGGAUGUACGAGUUCGCCACAGAGGAGAGCCAGCGCUACAAGGAGGGCCGCGUCAUCCUGGAGAGGGCGCUGGUGAGGGAGAGCGAAGGCUUCGAGCAUGUUGCCUCUGACAACUCCUGAGUUCACUACUGUUGUGGUUACAAUUCUUAAUCCGUGCAUAGUACAGCUUUUCCUCCAGCAACAGUGCAUGGAUCUGCAUGGACAGAAGCCAUUUGUGAGUAGAGCUACACCAAAGUAAUAUCACAGGCUGCAGUCUUUGUGGGAAGUAUAGACAAGAAGUAGUGGAUAUUUUCCCAUAACUUUAAACAUCUAAAAAGUUGAUUCUGUGAUGGGUUAUGCCAUUACUUCUCUACCCAUUUAAAAUCGCCUGCAGUCUCAAUGUGUUCCUAACAGGCUGUGAUGGGCGGGAAAUGUGUUGGUGUGGCAGGAUUUUGGCUGCUGUCAGUGGGUGAGGAUUCGCUCCUGCUGCCCUGCAAGAAGCUCAGACGGACAGAUUGUUAUGCAGAGGUUUGAAUAGCCACAAAGGCAUUGGUGAAUUCUGAAGAUUUAGCCACGAAGCAGUAUGCUAAAAUACAUUCCCUUUUCUGAUAAGGGUUCAAUGUGACACUAUGCCAGAAAUUCUUAAAAUAAAUGAAGUUUUCUUUAAUAUUAGCUCUCUCAGAGUAUCCCCUUCAUACAUCUAAAUCUUGAUCAUAUUGUUGUUGACCAGGUAUCAAUUUGACCUAUAAAGAGAUUGAAUAGUCCAAUUCUAUUUUGUGUUAUGAUAAGGAAUAAUAAACCUGUUUUACAGUGAUGUAAAGUCACAUUCCAAUGCUCUCUUGCUGCCAGAUUUGAUUUUGUGUGCUGUUCUAUUUGAGCUACAUUGUGAUUUCUUGUCAGUUAUUCAAAUACUGAAAUUGACAUUGGCAAAGAACUUGAACAAAACAAAAAUAAAUACAUUUAUUGAAUUGAAUCGAAUCUAUGUCUUCUUGCAUAUCUGUCCAUACUCCCAUUUAAAUAUUUUUCCUGUCUGAACCAUCACAAACAUUUCAUGCAAUUUAAAUGCAUUUAAAUGUAUUUUAAGAUCUGUACUGCCAUGCAGAUCACCAGU